AUGGCUUCUCUAGUUAGAACAAACUCAGGAUUCGCUAACGUCCCUAAAAUUAAAAUAAAUUAGAGCAAAUCAUCAUUGAUGAGGGAGAACCUACUACAACUUUGCUAAAAGUAAUAGAUUUAAAAUUUGGAUAUGUUAAAGCAAGCAUCCGGAACUCCUUCUUCUGUUAGACCUCAUAGCAAGCAGGGUCAUCAUGGAUCAUUCUUAACUCCCAAGGAGUUGAGAGCGAAAGACUCGCCUCUAAAUUCUACAAAGGGAUUUAAUGAAACAAAAUCAGGAGCUUUUUCUGACUACUUUAAUUAAUAAUAUUAGUAGUCUUAGCAACAAUAGAAUAAAUUACCUCAAAUAACUAAGCUUAAUACUAACAAAUCAUAGAAAUAAUUAGAAGAGUUCCCUUCACCUGGAAUCAAAACUAUUCGUCAAAAAACAAAUACUUUUUCAUCAGAGUACUCAAAUUUCGAUUAAAAUUCAAAUGCAUCUACAUAAGACAAUACCAACACUGAAAAAGUAUAGAAAGGUAAAUCAGCCUUUUUCCGUUUAAAACAAAAUUAAUUGAACAUUCCUGCUUCCUCAGGAAAAAGUUAAACUAUGGAUCAUUCUGCAGAUAUAAAUUACUAAAAUAUCAAUAUUACUAAUUAAUCCAGUAUAGAAAACGAAAAAGCUUAGUAAUAUCAAACUACAAAUUUAUCUCCGCCAAACUCAGAGUAGUCUGCUUUUAUCUUUAAGUAAUAGUAAUAGUAAUUAAAUAUCAAAACCCUCUAUGAAGAAUAAAAGAAGCAACUCCAAAGAGUUGAGGACUUGAUCUCACCCUUCCCUCCCAAAUCAACUCGCAAGAAACUCAGCUAAAGAAUGAGUCUGAAUGUUAUUUCUAACAGUGACUUAACAACAUUAAGUCAAUAGGCAAAUAUUUUGCAUGAGAAAAUAGGAGGAGAAGCCGUUCUUAAAUAAUUUGUAUGGGAUUUAAUUUAUUCUAUGAAAAAAGUUGAAUUUUUUGAUAUCAUUUUAGAAGAUUAUCACGAUAACCUCAAUCUCGUUCAUUAAAAAAUUUCAGGUUUUUUGAUGAAUAUUUUUUCUGAUAAUUUCAAUGCAAUAGUUUCUUUAAUAUAAGAAUUCGUUUCUACCUUCUUCGUUCUUAAUGAUACCAACAUUUUCUAAUUAAAAGCAUUUUUUUAUGAUUUUCUCACUGCUAAGCAAGGUUAAAACAACAGUUUCUUAGAUAAAUAGAUUGCCUACAAAGCUAUUGAAUUCUUUGAAAUGUAUCGCUCUUAAUUGACAGGCAAUGAAGAAUAGAUGAAUUUAUAUGAUCUAUCUUUAUAUAAUCUUAAUCACAACAUAGUCGAGAAUUUUGUAACUUCAGAAUUCUUCAAAAAAUACGAAUUAGAUAAGAUUAAUUCAUUCACUAAAAUAUUAAUUGAUCUUUUAUUCAAUAAAAUUUCUUGCUACUCCCUAAUCAAUUCAUUUGAAUCUAUUUUCGGAGUUCAGCUAACAAAUAGCCACAUUAACCUUCUUAAGGACAUUUUGAAGAAAUCAUUAACUGACUUAAAGGAAUACAAUUCAAUAUUUAGAAAAAACAUUAGUUAUUAGCUUAAGAAGAUACAAUGGCUCAUUCCUAAUUCAGCAUCUAUUAUAAAUUAUAUUGAUGUAGUUCAGUCCUGCACUGAGCUUUACAAUGUAAUGAACAAGGUUAUUGUUUAAGUUAGCUAAUAUCACUUACUAAACCAUCAAACUUUCAACAGUUUUCUUAAAAUCUUUUAUAACAAGCACAACAUUUUCAGCAUGAUAGAUGUUUUCUAGGUAUUUAAUGAAAAAAAUUCAGAAAAAUCACAUGAAAACAUAGAGAUUUUAGUCUCUUUACUCAAGCAAACUUUAGUUAAUUAAAAAGUAAACCCAGAAACAGCAAAGAAAAUCGAAAUUUUCACAUUAUCCAUAUUCGAAUGA